AUUUGUCGCGGUGAAUGCGCAAAAUGCGGGAGAGCCACUCCACCGCCACAAAAUAAGUCUAGUGCCCCGCGCCUCCAGUCGACGAGAGAAAAAAAAAAGUCACCAACGCCUCCGAUUUUCAUUAUCGGCCGCCUAUCUGCAGCUGCCCCACCAAAAUUUCAAAAUCACCCCGCCAUCUCGGAGCGGAAGACUCACAAGAUGCCGCCGCCUAAAAACUUAUCUCUAUCGCCAACCCGACAUCCACGAACGCCGGGCGAGACUUCCUUUUUGAUCGAAGGCCGCUCUCCGUGUCCUACGCCCACUGUAGGCAGAAUGGAGUUUCUCACCCUCGUUGGCCAGGAGGCCUACACCACCAAGCAGGCCGAAGAGCUCAAGACGCGCAUCAACAAGCUCGACGCUGCGUCAAACAAGGUCGUCAGCGUUGCCGGCAUCUGGGUCUACUACGUUCACCUCAAGAACAGUGACAACAACCUCAUUGUCCAGCAAAAGCUGACAAAAUGGCUCGGCCUGCCCGACCAGACAAUCGCUCAGAUUGCCGCCAACACUGAUAUCCAGAAAACUUACUACAUUACCCCGCGGAACAUCUCGCCUUGGUCUUCAAAGGGAACCAGCAUCACUCACGUCUGCGGUCUCGCAGACAACAUCGACCGUAUCGAGCGCGGCAGGGCCAUCACCCUCACCUUUGAGAACCCCGUCUCUGAAGAUGAGAUCGCCUUCAAGGAUGUCGUCUACGACCGUAUGACUGAGACAAUUGGCCUGUCGCGCCCCGAUCUUUCCGCCAUGUUUAUUGAGGGCCAGCGAUUCCCAUUGGAGAUUGUCGACAUUCUGGGUGACGAUGUUCAGAACGCCGAUGCCGCAAAGGCUGUUGAGACUCUCAAGUCGUACAACAAGCAAUUCGGCCUGGCUCUCGACGACUCUGAGAUUGAGUACCUCGUCCAGGUCUUCAAGAACCUUGGACGCAACCCCCACGAUGUGGAGCUUUUCAUGUUCGCUCAGGUCAACUCGGAGCACUGCCGCCACAAGCAGUUCAACGCCAACUGGACCAUUGAUCAGCAGCGCAUGGGCAAGAGUCUCUUCGAGAUGAUCAAGAACACCCACAAGUCCAACCCCGAGUACACAGUCUCCGCCUACAGCGACAACGCCGCCGUUCUCCAGGGUGAGACUGCCAGCUUCUGGGCCCCCGAUUACUCCACCGGCAGCUGGAAGCUCACCAAGGAGGUCGUCCACGUCCUCGUCAAGGUUGAGACACACAACCACCCCACCGCUAUUUCACCUUUCCCUGGUGCCGCCACUGGUGCCGGAGGUGAGAUUCGUGAUGAAGGUGCCGUCGGCAGAGGCUCUGCUCCCAAGGCCGGUCUCUGUGGUUUCUGGGUCUCUGACCUGUUGAUCCCGGACGAGAAGGCCCCUUGGGAGGUUGAUCUGGGUAAGCCCGCUCAUUUCGCUAGCAGUCUCGAUAUCAUGCUCGAGGCCCCUAUCGGUAGCGCUCGCUUCAACAACGAGUUCGGAAGACCUUGCCUUCUCGGCUGCUUCCGCACUCUCCUGACCAACGUCGGCAAGGAGGAGUCCCCAGAGUGGCGCGGAUACCACAAGCCUAUCAUGAUUGCUGGUGGUGUUGGAACAGUCCGUCCUCAACACGCCCUCAAGGAGCUCGGUGACGUCCACGACGGUGCCCAUGCCAUCGUUCUCGGCGGUCCUGCUAUGCUCAUCGGUCUCGGUGGAGGAGCUGCCUCCUCCAACGACUCCAGCGAGGCCACUGCCGAGCUCGACUUCGCCAGUGUCCAGCGCGGCAACCCUGAGAUGGAGCGCCGCGCCCAAAUGGUCAUCGACACCUGCGCCGCUCUCGGCGACCAGAACCCCAUUGCCAUGAUCCACGAUGUCGGUGCUGGUGGUCUGUCCAACGCUCUCCCCGAGCUCGUCAAGGAUGCUGGCUUCGGCGGCAAGUUCGAGCUGCGUCAGGUUCACAGCGCGGACAGCAGCUUGAGCCCCUUGCAAAUUUGGUGCAAUGAGGCCCAGGAGCGUUACGUCCUGCUCGUCAAUAAGGAGAAUAUUAACCGUUUCGUCAGCAUCUGCCGUCGUGAGCGAUGCCCCUUUUCCGACGUGGGAACCGUUGCCGCCCAGGACGCACAAGGCAACGCCAAGUUGACUCUCAGUGACCGCGACUCACCCGAGCAGCCGAUGCCCAUUGACCUGCCUUUCAACGCCCUCUUCCCUCCCGGCCGCCGUCUUGAGCGUGUCGUCGAGUCCCGCAGAUUGGACCUCCCCGCAUUCAACGCUGCUGAGGCCCUCGCUGCCGCCGGUGCCGCUGAGGCCACCAACACCGCCGGCCUCAUCACCGCCGCCACUGAGCGCGUGUUCCGCAUGCCCGCCGUCGGCUCCAAGUCAUUCCUCAUCACGAUUGGUGACAGAACCGUCGGAGGUCUGUCCAUCCGUGACCAGAUGGUCGGUCCCUGGCAGACUCCCGUCGCCGACUGCGCCGUCACGGCAACCUCAUUCAGUCUUGACUCUAAGACUCGCACUGGUGAAGUCAUGGCCAUGGGCGAAAAGCCCCAGUUGGCUCUCAUUUCUCCCGCAGCGUCGGCUCGCAUGGCCGUCGCCGAGAGUCUGCUCAACCUCGGCGCUGCUGACAUCCUGGGCCGCCUCGACCGUGUGAAGCUGUCAGCCAACUGGAUGGCCGCCGUCAACCACCCUGGCGAAGGUGCCGGUCUCUAUGAGGCCGUCCAAGCCAUUGGUAUGGAGCUGUGCCCUCAGCUCAAGAUCUCUAUCCCCGUCGGCAAGGACUCUACCUCCAUGAAAGCAUCGUGGAAGGACCGCGAGUCUGGCGAGGCAAAGAGCGUCACAGCACCCAUGUCCGUCAUCAUCACGGCCGUCACCGUCGUCGAGGACGUCCGCAACACAUGGACCCCUCAGCUGCGCCGCGUCGAAGACGUCGGUGAGACGAUUCUUAUCUACGUCGACCUCGCCGAGGCCAAGAAGGCCAUGGGCGGCUCCGCCCUGGCGCAAUCAUUGGGACAGAUGGGCAACGAGGCACCGGACGUGCGCAACGUGGAUCUCAUUACGGACUACUUUGAUGCUCUGCAGCAACUACACAAGAGCGGCGUCGUUCUCGCCUACCACGACGUCUCGGACGGCGGUCUCCUGACCACCGUCGCCGAGAUGAUGUUCGCCGGCCGUUGCGGCGCCGACCUCAUGCUCGACGGCAUCGCCAAGUCCGGCUCCCCCAACGACAUUCUCGAGGCCCUCUUCCACGAGGAGCUCGGGGCCGUCUUCCAGGUCCGCAAGGAGGACGAGACCAACUUCAAGCGCUGCUUCGCCACUUGCGGUCCUCCUCCCGGCCUCGUCCGCACGUUCGGUGUCGUCCAGCCCAAGGGCAACCAGACCCUCAACAUCCGCUACGGCGGCCACACCCCCAUCGUCAGCCUUGACCGCGCCGAGAUGCAACAGUGGUGGUCGAGGACGUCGUACGCCAUGCAGAGGGAGAGAGACAACCCGGCGUGCGCAGAUAGCGAGUACGCCAUCGUCUCCGACUCGGCCGACCCCGGUCUGUCGUACAACCUUACCUUCUCUCCGUCAGAGAACAUCAUGCCCCUGACGGCCUCCCUCGGCAGCCUCCUCCGCAAGGCACCUCGCGUCGCCAUCCUGCGUGAGGUCGGCGUCAACAGUCACAAGGAGAUGGCCUUUGCCUUCAAGGCCGCCGGAUUUGACCCCAUCGAUGUUCACAUGUCCGACGUCCUCGCAGGCCGCUCACUCGCCGACUUUGUCGGUGUUGCGGCCGGCGGUGGCUUCUCCUACGGCGACGUCUUUGGCGCCGGCGUUGGUUGGGCCCAGUCCAUCCUCGAGCAUAAGCACGCCCGCCAGGAGUUUGAAAACUUCUUCAAGAGACCCGACACCUUCGCCCUGGGCGUCUGCAACGGCUGCCAGAUGAUUACCCGUCUCAAGGAGUUGAUCCCGGGUACCGAGAACUGGCCCACGUUCGUCGAGAACGCCAGCAGGCAGUUCGAGGCGCGCUUCGCCAUGGUCAAGAUUGACGAGUCCCGCGCCGCCACGCCCUCCGUCUUCCUCCACGGCAUGGACGGCUCGUCCUUCCCCAUCGCCGUCUCCCACGGCGAGGGUCGCGCCUCCUUCUCCAACCCCAACGCCCUCGAGGACCUGAGCGGCGAGGGCCUCGUGCCUCUCCGCUACGUCGACAACCGCCUCAAGGUCGCGGAGCCGGAAGCCUACCCGUACAACCCGAAUGGCAGCCCUGGCGGCGUGGCUGGCGUCAGGAGCAGGGACGGCAGGGUCUUUGCCCUCAUGCCCCAUCCCGAGCGGACCAUCAUGGCGGACGUCGGCAGCUACGUCCCCACGGAGCAGGUCGAGGGUUGGGGAGAGUUCGGCCCGUGGGUCAGGAUGUUCAAGAGCGCCAGACGCUGGGUGGGCUGA